AUGCCACCCACCAACGGAAAGAAGCCAACGAAACUGUGCCGCCGCACUUUUUUCCUGCAAACCGGUACGGCUCCAACAAUUGCAGAAAUACGUUCCGAGCUUGGGCCCGACCUGGCGGACAUCAUAAUCAACACGCUGGAACCAAGCCAACGGUCGGCAGUGCAACCGGAGCGUUUAGUGCUCGCCCACGGCGAUAUCAAACCCACAGGACACGAUCCUGAGACCGGUCGCGAGCAAAUUCAUGAGCACAUCCUACAGCUUGGCGGUGGCAUUUCGAAGCGUGUCGAUUGCUAUUGGAGAGACCGCUUGAGGCAGGUCGCGUCGGCUGGAGCUAGCGCUGACGAGAUGUCCUUUUUGCGCUUUGAAUGUCAGCAGAAAAUCAGCAUCGCUCGCGAGGAAGAACGUAAGCGAUACGAUGCCCUGCUGGAGCGGUUGCAGUUGAACCUGGCGCAACAUUUCUGGGAAGAAAAAGGAGAUCUUCACCGUUCGUACGCGAAAGCCCGCGCAUUGUGGGGUGAGUUUGUGUGCCGGAAGGUUCGAAAACAGGCCAAGGAUAUGCUGCGGAAGAUCGCUGUCCACUACAGGGCCGAACUCGAGCGAGAAGUCGAGAUUAGGACGCAAAUCGAAAAGGACCGGAUUUCGGCGGAGAUGGAACGAAUUGUUAAAGCCGCAGUAGACCAACAAAAGCGAGUAGACGAACGAGCGAUACAAUGGCUGUUUUAUCAGUAUGAAGAGUUGUUCAAGUUUACUAGCGAGUACCACGAAUGCCUCCAGACAGUGGAAAUGAUUCGCGAACUUUGUAAGUUGCAUUCCGAUCAGCUGGAAUGUCGCUCAACGCAGCUUUCGGGCCAUUCGUUGUCAUUUGAGCAACCAAUUGUUGAGCAGUCGGAAUCAAGCUCCAGCAGUGUGUCGUUGACGGAUCUCAAGGAUGGCGUUGUUAUGCCAUCAUGCAGCUUAUCCAAGUACAACGUGUUCGUAGUGAGCCAAUGCUUGCCUGAGCCUGAAUGCGAAUCGAUUGAAUUGGAAAGAGAAAGUGUGAUCGAGUCCUCAGCAGAAGAAUCUUUGGAAGCUAUAAGCACCUCUGAAAGUGAAUACACUCCAAGUGAGGAUGAGAGUGCUCGAUCUUCGAUCGAGAAAAUAAUCAUCGGAGGAUUGACUUAUGCUCAGCCCAAGUACUAUACAAAAGUGUACAACGAACUUUUUCGGGAUGUUGUCAUGAGCUGGCAAAAAACGGAAUCAACGGAAACAGCAGACGUUCCAAAUGAUGUUUGUUGUGAUGGGGGUUUAUCUUCCAGUACAACUACUGCUAGUUCAGAAAAAUCAUCCUCCAGUACGACACUUAAAAGUGAACCGAGCUAUCGGGAGAGCUACGACGCUGCGGCUGAAAUUCAGCUAAUUUUAGGACCUACGGAAAUUAUUCCAUCGCUUGAUCCGUGUGCGCACGAGCAGUUUGGUGGACUGUUUGAUCUCUCGAAAUCCGAAGAAGAGCUCUCUUUGAUCUCUGAUAGCAUAACGGCACAAUAUAUUCGUGCUACAAGUGAGGAUUAUGAAUCUUUGUUUCAAAAUUGUAACGACUUUGAAGAGCUAAAAUAG